CCAAGAGCUUGCGGGCUAUUCGUUUCCUCUGCUUCCCCCCUUCUCCUUUUUUUUUUAAACGAUCCCAAGUUGUUGCUGGCUUCUACUUUCCCCGGCUUUACAUUGUUUUGCGGCAUUGUCGGGAGAGGGAAUAUGCUGCUAUAUUGACAGGGAAACUACGUUUUGAAAUGGUUCUCCUCCAUGUGAAGCGGGGCGAUGAGAGCCAGUUUUUGCUGGAAACAAUAGGCAGCACUUCCAUUGAAGAUUUAACAUUGGCAGUUACAAGGAUCUACAAUGGAAGGCUCAAAGUUCAACGUGUUUGUGCAGAAAUGGAAAUGCUAGCAGAACAUGGGAUUUUGUUACCUCCUAAUAUGCAAGGUCUGACAGAUGAACAAAUUGAAGAGCUGAGCCUUAAGGAUGAAUGGGCAGAAAAAUGUAUUCCAAGUGGUGGAAGUAUCUUUAAAAAAGAUGAAAUUGGGCGAAGAAAUGGCCAAGCUCCAAAUGAACAAAUGAAGCAGGUUCUAAAAGCAACAAUAGAAGAAGCCAAAGCACUCAUUUCUAAGAAACAAGUUCAAGCUAAUAUAUGUGUUAAUAUGGAUAUGGUGAAAGAUGCAUUGGACCGGCUCCGAGGAGCUGUGAUGAUUGUUUAUCCAAUGGGAUUGCCUCCAUAUGAUCCAAUUAGAAUGGAGUUUGAAGACAAAGAAGAUCUAUCAGGAACUCAUGCUGCGCUUGAGAUUAUUGAGGAGCCAGAGGCACAGUUAUGGUGGGCAGGAAAGGAGAUGAAGAGAACAAAUCAGCUUUCUGUUUAUGUUGGCAAAAAUGAAAAAACAAAAGUUAUUGUCAAAAUACAGAAAAAAGGACAAGGUGCUCCAGCCCGAGAGCCUAUCAUAAGUAAUGAAGAACACAAACAAAUGAUGCUUUAUUAUCACAGAAGACAAGAGGAACUAAAGAAAUUAGAAGAAAAUGAUGAUGAUUCCUGUUUAGAUUCUGAAUGGGCUGACAGUAAUGCAUUGAAAAGACAUUUUCAUGGUGUAAAAGACAUCAAAUGGAGGCCAAGAUAAAGUGAUUUGCAUAGAUUGUUUUAUUUUUAAAAGAUUGAUGAUCUACUGGUUAUACUAAAAACAUGAGUGUAAAUCUGUGUAUUAUAUAUUUUCAGUUCCAACACCCUAAAAUAGAUUUAUUAUGAAGUUUGGUUGUGAUAUAUACUCAAAGUCGUAUGCACAAGCUGUGCUUUAACAGUAAAAGAACAGGGUUGUCCUGUGUCUUGGAAACUGUUUGUAUUAGGUUAUCAGCUCAGAUGCUUACAUUUUAAACCUGUUUUCUAAGAAACUUAUGAUACUAAUAAAUAGGUUUAUCCGUG